GCAUCUCUCACUGGUGCAGUAGGAAGUGAGAAUUGUACUCUUCUUUAUGUUUUUGAGGCAUGGAAGAGGUUGUAGAGCAGUAGAGGCAAGUUGCCAAGACUGAGAGGAAACGAUUCCAGUCUUUUCAGAACAACAUAAAAAAUGCACAAGAAAAAGCAAAUUGAGCAGGGAAUGAACAAACAGGAGAUUAUUAACAUAGGAACAAAAUCCACCACAUUUCAAGAGAAGCAGAGACCUUCAAAGACAGACCAGAGAUCUACUGUGUGGAGAGAAGAACAGAAAAAAAAGGAACUGAAAACUCACAGAGCACUGCAUCUCCCGCUCAGGACAGGGUUCAAUGCGGGCAAAGGAACAGAUCCCUGGUGGAAAACAUGGAGAAUGAUAACUGUCAUCCUAACAAUCUCAUUCUUUAUUUUGCUUAUAAAAGUGGGCUUCUUGAUUCCAAGCUUAUUUUCCAGAGGAGAACAGCAAAGCAGAAAGAUCACCCCUCUUGAUCCUCUAUGUUGUAAGAGUGAUGAUUCCUCCUGUGAUCAUUGUUCCUGUGACUGGAUUGGCUUUGGAAACAAUUUAUAUCAUGGUUUUCGUGGAUCCAAAACCUGGGCAGAGAGUAAAUCUGCCUGUGAAGAACUGAAUUCUCAUCUUGUGAUCAUAGACUCUAAAGCAGAGCUGGAAAAUUUGCUCUUGUUUGAAAUGGAUGGCUGGAUUCUUCUCAAAAUAAAUGGAACCAACAGAUCCUGGUUGUGGGAAAAAGGCAUUAAUAUACAGAAUACCCUAAUUAAUGAUUCAGAAAAGAAGAAUCACAACUGUCAUUAUCUGCAUGGAAACCUAUUCAUUGAUGGUAACUGUUCAUAUAAGAAAUCAUAUACCUGUGAAUUUAAUAUAUGAUGCCUAUUUCACAAGUAUAAUUUUAUUUAAUUAUGAAAAUCAAAAUGCCUCUUACUUGUUGAGUUUAUAUCUUUCACCCUCAAUAUUAGGCAAAAGACCAAUAAUUAUGUUUUUUAAACUUUGAAGAUUUAUUUUUUACUGAACUGAAAAGAUGCUGAUUAUUUUUUCCUUUUUUAUUCUAUUGCGAGUCAUUGAUAUUCUUUCCAGUGAUCAUCAGUCUUAUCAUAAUUUAUGUAGUUACUGAUAAAUUAAAUAUCAAACUUUACAAAACUUUUAAUGUAACUUUACAAAACUUUUAAAAGGAUCUCAUAUCAACUGAGUGGGGUUUUAAAAAGUUAUUUGUGUACUUUUCAUGUAUAAGGAAGAGGGACUCCACAGAGCAUGUGGAGGUCACAGGGCAACUUGGUGGAAUUGGUUCUCUCCUUCCACUUUUACGUGGAUCCUCGGGUCCACAGGCUUGCAUGAAGUUUGCUACCCACUGAGUUGUAUUACUGCCCUGGAUUUUGCUUUCGGAGUGUGCUUACACUAUGUUGUUCAGCAUGGUCUGUAUUCUCAGAGCUCAAACUAUUUUUGAGUCUCAGCAGACCUAGUAGGUAAACCAGAGAGGCAGCCUACCUUACCCAGUGUAAUAUUCCUAAUGAGCAGAUAUCUCUGGAGAUAAUCCAAAAUAUGUAUUGAUGAUUCUGUUUGAAACAACAAGAAUGGAUUUAAUGAAAAAAUAAUUUUAAAAAAUGAAUGUAACUUUGAUUGAAAUGUUUAAGGAACUUAGUUUCUGGGGCUCAGCCUGGGGAGUGGCUCUGAGCUAAUGAGUGCUUACUACUCCUGCACAAUCCACCUUUUCAAUUCUCAGCACCCACUUGACCUAUUACAGAAACCUGUAACUCUGUUUACAACCAAUCUGACACCCUCUUCUCAUUGUCCUGAACUCCUGCACAUACAAGAUGCACAUAAAAAAAUCACAUAUGUGCUUGC